UUUCGCGAUUCCCAUAGUGUCCACUGCACAUUGUAUCUCACCAUUCUGCUCUCUCUCUCUCUAGCAUCUAAACCUUCUGUGUUUACUCCUCCCCCAUGUCUCUCUUCGCCAUGAAUUCAUUGGCUCCACCUCUGAUAACUCUAUUUCUCCUUCAAUUCUUCCCAUUAAGCUGCAAUUCUUCUGAAACUCAUUUUAUCGAGAACCAGACAAGAACAUCUCCAUAUCCAUCAAUUUCAGAGCUCGUUUUAGCAGGAAAAAGUCAUCUUUCUCGAAAUUCUUCACAACUGGUUCCUGCUUUUUUCAUCUUAGGCGACUCAUCAGUGGACGUUGGGACCAAUAAUGGUCUUUUAAGUCUUGCCCAGUCAGUUCUGAGGCCCUAUGGUAGGGAUUUUGACACUCACAUGCCUACUGGUCGGUUCUGUAAUGGACGUCUCAUUGUUGAUUAUCUAGCACUACGUUUAGGACUCCCUUUUAUUCCUCCUUAUCUUGGAACUAGAAGGCAUGUUCAGGAUAUGAUCCAUGGAGUAAACUAUGCCUCUGCUGGAGGUGGGAUUUUGAGCAGUAGUGGGAAAGAACUGGGUGAGCGCAUUUCUUUUACACAGCAGAUUCAGCAAGCUAAAUAUACAUUCGAAAAGAUGGUACUAAGUUUUGGAGAGAAUGCCGCAAAGAUGCUGAUUUCCAACUCUCUCUUUCUUAUUUCAAUUGGAAGCAAUGAUUACAUUCACUAUUUCAUGGAUAAUGUCUGGCACGUUCAGUCGAUCUACUUUCCUUGGGAAUUCAACCAACUCUUAGUGAGGGGUGUCAAGAGGGAAUUACAGAGCUUGUAUGAUUGCAAUGUUCGUAAUGUCGUGGUCAUGGGGCUUGCUCCUCUUGGCUGUGCUCCACAUUACUUGAGCAAAUAUGACAGUCAGAAUGGGGAAUGUGUUGAGCUCAUAAAUGGCAUGAUAGUUCAGUACAAUUACUUGAUGAGGCACAUGGUCCAAAAAUUUAGUAAGGAGAACCCAACUGCCAAUAUCAUCUUCUGUGAUUUAUACGAAGGUGCAACAGAUAUUCUCAGAAACCGUGAUCGCUAUGGUUUUGAGACCAUCACUGAAGCAUGCUGCGGAUUUGGUAAAUAUAAGGGUCUUGCUAUGUGCUUCUUCUCAUCCUGGGCAUGUAAUAAUGCCUCCAAUUAUGUUUGGUGGGACAAAUAUCAUCCUACAGAUGCAGUGAAUUCCAUACUUGCAGACAAUGUGUGGUCUAGCCAGCAUUCAAAUAUAUGCUAUCCCAUGAAUCUAAAAGAUAUGUUACAGAAGGGAAACUAAAGCACCGAGAAAAUUUGACGAGAUGCAUCAAGGGUCUCAAAUAAAUCAUGAUGAACUAGUAACGUUGGUAAAGCUAACAUGUUUGCAUAAUAUAGUAUUUUAUCUUGAAUGACUUGAGCUUGAUGAUAAAAUGAAUGCAAUCGGUGUUCAUAAUUUUAAAACAUGUCCAGAUAAUUUUUCCUUAAAGCUAUCCUACUAUCAAAAGAUUCAAAAAUUUGACCUAACAUAUUUUUUCUAACAUUUGCAAUUCUUCGAAUGGGCUAAGGGCAUAUGCUUUUUCAGCAAGAUGAAACCUGAUAAUGGUUGCUAUAGCAACAGUGGCUUAAAGUUUGGCGUUCACAUUCAAGUAAGCCCUAGUAGAGUAAUCCAAUUAGCUCAACCCACAAAGUUUUCAGCUUCCUAUUAUUUGAAUUCACUUUCUUAGGCUUUAUAUGUGGUACAUUUUGUAAUUACUAAGGCUUGCAAUGUUCAAACCAAUUUGUCAUAUUUUGUGGGAAGAUAAGAGACUUUUCUGGUAUGUUUAUAAAUUUUAUUAAAUCUAAGACAAAGACAAGUUAGAGUCUCACAAGAAGCAGGGCAUAAGGGAAAAGGAAACAGGAACAAAGAAGUAAGAUUCAAAAUUCGCAAUUUAUACCUCCAUUUUGUGGGGCUUAUGGGUAACCACCCAUGAAACAUGGUUGAGACCUCUUAAACCUUGGUACUGGAGUGGUAGGAAAGAAAGUAGGUGCAGGAGAUAUUAGUUUUUAGGCUAUGCAAUCUAGAAGACAUAGAACUUGAAGCCUAAUUAUAUAUUUGGGUGAAUGAACAGUUCAAUUCUGCGGUAUACAGGUUAUGUCUAAAAAGCUCAAAAUUAAGCUCCACCUAACAUGUCUAUUGUACUUGCUUUCUGGCCAUCAAUCGGCAUUGUCAUGAAACGAAACUUAGUUAAAUUAGGGGACAGGAAUUGCAAUCCCAUGGUUGUUGGGAUUAGGAGCGGGAUCGGGAGAGGAAUCCAGAUUAGGAGUAGAGGAUUGUGAAAUGUACAAGAUCCCUAUGGUUGGAAGAGCCAUCCAUACAGUGCAUUUGUUGGGGAUCUAGAUCCCCAAAUGCUAGGAUAUCCCAAUCUUUUUAGGGAUCUUGCCCUCUACCUUAAAGUGCAUGUAUAGUUUAAGACUAUAUACAUUUUUUAAAGUAGGGAUCCCUUUAUUUAUAAUCAAAUAAUGCAACCAUAUUAAAAGUAUAGUUGUAUUGCUAGCUGGCUCAAAACUAAGAAAAUCAUUAGUUUGGUUGUUCUUUUGGACUUUAAAGUUGGGAUUGAGAUCCUUAACAAUAGGAAUCGGGAUCCCAAACAGAGGGGAUCAAGAUCUCAAAAUUUAGAAAUAGAGAUCCCUUUGCCGGAGCGCUGAAGCGAUAUUGUAGAGUGAAAUCACCAUGUUUGUUGGGAGAUCUCAGCAACUAUGGGUAAUCGAAUUUCUCUAGAAUUUUGUUCCUCUCUCUUCAAGAGAAAUGACUGUUUUUUGUUUUGUUUUUUAGGGUUUGGUUUUUUCUG